AUGAACUCAUCUCAACUUUUAUGGACAUUUCUAGUCGUUUUUGCACUUUUUUCAACACUUCCAGUUCAAUCAAAUAUCGUAACCCGUGUGAAACGUCAAUGGGGGUUCGGAUAUCCACUGUUUGGAGGAGUCGGAAAUUCAUGGGAAGUGCCGAGUAAUCUUCCAACUUAUUGGGGAUACAAUGCCUACGGUGGCCGAUGA